CUCACUCUCACUCUUCCUCUAUAGCUCUCUUCGUCUGCCUUUCUUACUGGCAAACAUGCCGAGUUCAUUUUGUUUCGCUCUUCUUCUCCUCUCUUGGCUGACUCUCUCCUGCAUUAUUACAGACGCCGCGCAACAACUCAUACUGGUAAACAACUGCAACCACACCGUCUGGCCGGCGACUCUUGGCAACACCGGCCACGUGACCCCGCGCGAUGGCGGCUUCCGCCUCGACACCGGUGAAGAAUCAAUCGUGGACAUCCCCGAGCUGUGGUCCGGCAGAAUCUGGGCGCGGCAGGGCUGCGCCUUCGACGAGCAUGGCAAGGGUGCCUGCAGCACGGGCAGCUGCGGCGGAGUCCUCCGCUGCCGUGGCUCAAGCGGCGAGCCACCUGCGACGGUGGUGGAGAUGACGCUGGGCACGAGGUUGUCGCCGCUCCACUUCUAUGACGUGAGCCUGGUGGACGGGUUCAACCUGCCGGUGUCAUUGAGGCCGUUGGGCGGCAGCGGAGGGUGCGGGGUGGCGGCGUGCGAUGCGGACCUGAACGGGAUGUGCCCGGCAGCGCUGGAGGUGAGGAGGGAGGGGAGGGUGGUGGGGUGCAAGAGCGCGUGCCUGGCAAUGGGAUCGGCCAAGUAUUGCUGCACAGGCAAGUUCGGGAAUCCGAGGAGCUGCAAACCGACAUUGUUCGCGAAUCUGUUCAAGGCGAUGUGCCCCAAGGCAUAUAGUUAUGCAUUCGACGAUGCUAAGAGCUUGAACAGGUGUAGGGCGUCGAGGUACGUCGUCACUUUUUGUCCUCCUCAGUGAAGUGAAGAAGAUGAAGAUGAAGAUGGAGAUGGAGAUGGAGAAAGAAGAAAGAACCAUAUGACCGUUUUUCUUCAGGCUUUUUCUUUCUCUCGUCUGUUUGAGUGAUCUUUACGCCUUUUUUUUUUUCAAAUUUUAUGAUUUUCGUACUUUCAUUUUGUAAAGAUAAGCGAUGGUCGCGUAGCAAUACAGAGUUGGGAGAAUGCUUAUU